AAUUAUAACGAAUUAUUUUGUAGUAUCUUUAGCCAUGGCAGACAUAAUGGUGGCAGUGAUGGCCAUGACGUUCAACUUCAGUGUACAAGUAACCGGACGCUGGAAUUUCGGUACGUUUGUUUGCGAUUUGUGGAACAGUUUGGAUGUCUACUUCUCAACCGCGAGCAUUUUGCAUUUGUGCUGCAUAUCCGUGGAUAGAUAUUAUGCGAUUGUAAAACCGCUCAAGUACCCGAUUAGCAUGACAAAACGUGUCGUAUUCAUCAUGAUAUUGAAUACGUGGGUUUCGCCAGCGCUCCUCUCCUUCUUGCCCAUAUUCAUCGGUUGGUAUACGACAGAGGAGCACAAAGUUUUUGUCAAACGUCAUCCGGAUCGUUGUGAAUUCAUUGUCAAUAAGCCAUAUUGUGUUAUAUCCAGCUCAAUUUCCUUCUGGAUCCCCUGUACAAUUAUGAUAUUCACGUAUUUGGCGAUAUUCCGUGAGGCGAAUCGUCAGGAGAAACAAAUGAUGGCGCGUCAUGGCAAUGCGAUGUUGAUGCAUCGACAUUCGGUGGAUACGCGCGGAGGAGCUAGCAAUAAUACAGGUGAAGCGCUCAGCGGUUCCGGCUCAUCGAAAACUUUGACGCUGCAUGAAGUGGAGCAGGAUCAUACACCGACAAAGGAUAAACAUUUAAUCAAAAUGAAACGAGAACACAAGGCUGCAAGAACUUUGGGUAUAAUUAUGGGCACAUUCAUACUCUGUUGGCUGCCAUUCUUCCUUUGGUAA